ACCAGCAUAUUGGUGUCCUCCUUCCCGAGACCAAUGCCGGCAAAACUGUGCAAAGUCACGCCGCCGAUAUUGCACGCAGCGAGGCCUGUGGAGGCCGUGACUGCCAAACGUUCUGGGUCUCGCGCGUAUUUCUUCUUGAGUUCCUGGAUGAUGGCCCGCAUCAGCACCGACUUGCCCGUACCGGCAGGACCAGUGAAAAAGACGCUCUGCCCCUCUUCGAUAACAAGCUCCUUGACAUGUCGCUGCUCG